CAACACAACAGCUGUCAUGAUGGCCUCCAUACACACAUUACAAGAGAUUUCGAGGAUGAAGAGAGAUGAAGGUAUUGGUCGAUUGAGCCGCUGUUUUGAAUGGAUGGAGUUUGAUGGCGACGAUAAGCGGCAGUUUUUACAUCAGGAGUUUGUGUAUGAGAAUGUGAUGUUUGCGGUGACUCGAGGACUGCCGUGGUCCAUAGUGGUACAAGUGGCUAAUAUUUCCAAAGACCUCCUGCCGAAAAUCAACGGUUUAAAGUCAUCUGAGGUCAUUAGUCUUGUGAAGGCAGGUUUAUCACAGAUUAAUCCUUGCCUCUCCUCGACUCAUCAUGCUGUUCUUCUGGACUUCAUUGUGCAAACAUACGUUCCCCAUCAGCGGCUCUACCAGGCAGCGUUCAGCGGUGAGACGAGUCUGAAACGCAUCAGACGAGAUCUUCAGAUUGAAACACCUCCUCAGCCGCAGCCUCUCAGUGAAGGAACAGACGCCGAGCGGUGGAAACAACAGCAGAUUGUGGAGGAGCUGCGUUCGGCUCAGUCCAGAACACAAGCAGAAAUCCAGGAGCUCAGAGAGACCAGCCGGACUCAGAUCAUGAGUACCCUGCAGGACAGAUUACACAGUCUGCCGGAUGAAGGACAGAUGAGCAGACAGGAGGUUGAAGAACUGCUGCACAGUGUUCUGCGUUUGCAAGGAGAGAUUAUAAUGGAGUCUCUGACGAAGGAAACUCGCCUGACAGAAAAUCUACUGCAGGUUAAACUGAGACAGUCUGAAGUACAAAGACAGCUUGAUUAUACACCUGUUUUCCCUGAUAAACAAAGAUUGGUAACGCCAACAAGAUCCAAAAAGAAGGGAAUUUGA